ACCAAGACAGCGUUUUUAUUGUGUGCACCGUGUGCACCUCCUGCGGCUUUCCUGCUGCCUAUUGCCCAUUCAGUUUGUCCCCCGCGCGCCGCCCCCUCACCGCCUUGUCUGAUUCAGGUGACUACAUCAAAUUCGAAUCCGAAAGGGGGAGGGGGAUAGAGAUAAAAUCCAGCGUGUUUUGGUUCCUCACAGCAUAACCUGACCUGGAGUACUUGUUUCACUCUAAAUUGAUUGACCCUUUCGUUGUACAUAUUGCUAACCCACAGUCCACAGUGCUAAUUUCUGUUGUCACUUGUGCUGCCCGCUCGUCCGGUUUAGAAACCUGUCGGGUUGUCGCUGUCUGUAGGCAAAACAGACGCCUGUGAAAGAGCAGCCGCUAAGUCAUUCGUUUAGUUAAAUUGAAAAGAUGGAGCUCCAGUGUGAUGUUUGCUUUUCCAAUUUUGAUCUGGACACCCACCGUCCCAAGAAUUUGCCGUGUGGACACACCAUCUGUAAAAAAUGCGUGUUAAACCCUGACCUGGGAAAGAAGUGCCCCACUUGUAGAAAGGAUCUGGAGGUGGACCCUGGCGACCUCCCUGAUGCCAACAUCGUCAUCCGAAUGAUAGAGGACCAAUGUGUUCUUCCGUGCAAAAGGCCCAGAAGAGAAGUUACGGAGCAGCAGCGGCUUCAGCGGGGUUUGGAGGCGGGCAGGAAGCUGGUGGAGGCGCUGCGGCUGGUGGUCCCCAAGGCCGUGGAGGCGCUGAACCGCCAGCUGGACACGUCGGUCGCACACCUCCGCCACCUAGAGGAGGCCCUGGAGCAGCACGUGCAGCGGGGUGUGGCGGGCGAUGUGGGCCCCACGCCGGAGGAGCAGCUGCAGCUGGCUGAACAGAUGGAGGACAGCAUCCGUCUCCUCAAUACCAACAGAUGCAGCUUCGUCGCUCAGGAGGAAGAUGGGUCGACCUGGAAGGCCUCCGUGCAGCUCGGCGGAUUCGGUGACAUUCUGCGCCCUCUCUUGGUUCAGCUGCGAGAAGACUACCUACUGCUAAAGGUUGACGACGUCGCUGUCCCUGCCACACCUGCGGCUUACGUGGGGCCGCCCAUGUUCCCCACCCUCUCCAUUGUUGCCAAGGACCUCGACAAGGACCUUUUAAAGGUGGAUGACAUCCUACGAGACGGACAGAGGUGGAGAGAUGUGCGAGCCAUCAAAGGCCUACAGGGCAAGGGCUCGGACAAGCUGCUGCGGGUCUUGGCUCCUCACCUCCCGUACCUCGAGGAGCUCGAAAUAUCGGGUCAAAUUGAAUCGGGGGUCAUGGAGGAGGUUGAGAAACUGUCUUCAUUGAGACGCCUCAAGGUCCAGUAUGACUGGACAUUAAAGUAUCCAGACUUGCCGCUUCAGCUUGAGGAGUUACACAUAACAAACGUAAACGAAAAUCAGCUGCGUCGUGUGCUUAACAUGCCCAGGUUAUGCAGCGUGUAUUUCAACGGUUACUCUGGUGCAAAUGUGACCUUUCCCCCCUCGCAGCACGACACGCUGCAAUGGAUGCACGUACACCUUCAUACAUCUAUCAGAGCCGCUAUGCUGUCCCUCAUCCGGGCCUUCGCCUCAUCACUGCAGGAGCUCGAGAUCUUCUCUCCUGUCAACGACAAGAAAGAAUACGCACCAGACUUCUACCAUCCUGAGCUGGGCCAGGAUCUGGCGGCCUGCGGCCUGCGGGCGCUCAAGCGGCUCGUCCUUCAACGCCCAACGUGCGUGCCGUGCCCAGAGGUUGCUGCCUGCCUACUCCAGCGACGGACCAUCCGGAGUUUCUUGCCCUCGUCUUUUGAAGUGGUUUGCGGUGCUUGUCACACACCCCUGUCCUAGGCGUGAAGUCGUCAUAUGAGCCCGAGUCUGGUCCCCAAACCACCUCCAUCACUACUUGAGCACGGCGUGGACGCUGAUUGGCUCCUAGGACUCGGCCUUACUCCUGUAACGUAAAAAUUGUACUGAUUAAAAAGAUAUUUCUGUUCUCA